UUCUUUUCUCCAUUUUAGGAGGUUUCAAACGUUGGAUUUGUUAUGGUUUUACCGAAUAGAUGUCAUAUUUUGGUAACCUCUGAAUGAACCUUGUGAAGAACACUUCCCUUUGGCUUAGGUCAGGAAUGAAAUUACACAGCACUCACAAGAAAUAAGUUGGAGAAGUUAUAUUUCAAGCUACAUAGCUGUGUAUUCAAGGAGGAAAGGGAGGAUUGUGCUGUAAACAGUGGGGCUUGGUAAUUUAUUUGUUCAAACGGACUAGAGCAAUACAAGGACUGAGAGGCGGAAAUCAGGAGAACAUAUCUGUGACCUUCUGGCAUAAUAUUAGAAUCAUAAAUGUAAAACAAUGGAAAAUCUCAAUUCCUUGUCAAAAUCACACACAGGGGAGAAGCGACAUAACUGUAUGGAAUGUGGGAAAUGUUUCACUGCGAGAAGUUCUCUUACUAGACAUCAACGAACUCACACAGGAGAGAAGCCGUAUAAAUGCAUAGAAUGUGGAAAGAGCUUCAGUCAGAGGGGCAAUCUGCGUAUCCAUCAAAGAACCCACACAGGGGAGAAGCCACAUAAAUGCAUGGAAUGUGGAAAGAGCUUCAGUCAGAGUGGAGAUCUGCGUAUCCAUCAAAGAACCCACACAGGGGAGAAGCCACAUAAAUGCAUGGAAUGUGGAAAGAGCUUCAGUCAGAGUGGAGAUCUGCGUAUCCAUCAAAUGACCCACACAGGGGAGAAGCCACAUACAUGCAUGGAAUGUGGAAAGAGCUUCAGUGAAAGUGGGACUCUGCGUAAGCAUCAAAGAACCCACACAGGGGAGAAGCCACAUAAAUGCAUGGAAUGUGGAAAGAGCUUCAGUCACAGUGGAAGUCUGCGUAUCCAUCAAAGAACCCACACAGGGGAAAAGCCACAUACAUGCAUGGAAUGUGGAAAGAGCUUCAGUGUAAGUGGACAUCUGCGUCUCCAUCAAAGAACCCACACAGGGGAAAAGCCACAUACAUGCAUGGAAUGUGGAAAGAGCUUCAGUGUAAGUGGACAUCUGCGUCUCCAUCAAAGAACCCACACAGGGGAGAAGCCACAUAAAUGCAUGGAAUGUGGAAAGAGCUUCAGUCAGAGUGGACAUCUGCGUAAUCAUCAAAGAACCCACACAGGGGAGAAACCACAUAAAUGCAUGGAAUGUGGAAAGAGCUUCAGUCAGAGUGAAAAUCUACGUACCCAUCAAAGGAACCACACAGGGGAGAAACCACAUAAAUGCAUGGAUUGUGGAAAGAGCUUCAGGGAGAGUGGAAAGCUGCGUUCCCAUCAAAGGAUCCACACAGGAGAGAAGCCACAUAAAUGCAUGGAAUGUGGAAAGAGCUUCAGUGAAAGUGGGACUCUGCGUAAGCAUCAUAGAAUCCACACGGGAGAAACCACAUAAAUGCGUGGAAUGUGGAAAGAGUUUCAGUCAGAGUGGACAUCUGAGUAUCCAUCAAAUAACCCACACAGGGGAGUAGCUACAUGUCGUAUAUAUAAGCUGACCGAAUAUAAGACGAGGCACCUAAUUUAGCACAAAAGCUGGGAAAACUUAUUGACUUCAGUAUAAGCUGAGGGAGGGAAAUGCAGCAGCUCUUGGCCAAUUUCAAGAAUAGAAAUAAAAAUAGAUACCAAUAAAAUUACAAUAAUUGAGGCAUCUAUAGGUUAAAAAUAUUUCUGAAUAUUUGCAUAAAACGGUAAUUUGAGAUAAGACUGGCGAACUCUGAUUAAAUCAUUAUUCUAACCUUCUUCAGUGUAAAUGUGCUUACGUAUCCUUCCAAUAAUAAUAAAUAGGAUAAAAUAUUAAAUGUAUUAUUAAUAAUAAAUAGAGCAAAAUAAUAAAUGUAAUAAUAUUUAUUUAUCGUGUCAUCUGCAACCAGAACAUUAAUUCACUCCCCGGGGAGAUGAGAUCGGCGACUUCCCUCUUGUCAUUUAGAAAAGAAUUGAAAACUUGGAUGUGGGACCAGGAGGCAUUGGGACGUUCUGGCAGGUAGAGGAAGGACCUUGAUGAUGGACAGGAAUGGACUGAACGGAAUGGAUUUGUGGAACUCUGAACACUGAGCAUGAGAUUAGUAUACUGAUCGUGUUACGUACUGAUGAUUUUAACCUGUUAAUGGCUUAAUUGCUGUUUUGUAUGCAUGUAUAGUUGACAUCGGCAUCGAAUUGUGCCUUCUUUGUAAGCCGCCCUGAGUCCCCCCUCGGGGGUGAGAAGGGCGGGGUAGAAGUAAUCGAAAUAAAUAAAUAAAAAUACAUUUCUAACAGAACAAAACAAACAAACAGAUUUUAAAAAACCACAAAUUUUGCAAACUUGGUAGCUGAUUAAAUGUCCUUUGAUCUGUACCUGGCCCCUUGGAGUGCCUCUGGUGUUGCCGCAAGAAGGUCCUCCCUUGUGCAUCAUGUGGCAGGGCUCAGGGUGCAUUGCAGCAGGUAGUCAGUGGUUUGCUCUUCUCCGCACUCGCAUGUCGUGGAUUCCACUUUGUGGCCCCAUUUCCUAAGGUUGGCUCUGCAUCUCGUGGUGCCCGAGCGCAGUCUGUUCAGUGCCUUCCAAGUCGCCCAGUCAGAAAUUCUGUGUGCCCAGGAGGGAGUCUCUCAUUUGGUAUCAGCCAUUGGUUGAGGUGCUGAGUUUGAGCCUGCCACUGUUGGACUCUCGCUUGCUGAGGUGUUUCAGCGAGUGUCUCUGUAGAUCUUAGAAAACUAUGUCUAGAUUUAAGUCAUUGACGUGCUGGUUGAUACCCAAACAGGAGAUGAGCUGGAGAUGUCUCUGCCUUGGUCCUCUCACUAUUGGCUGCUCCUUCCCGGCGGAUGUCAGGUGGCGCAAUACCGGCUAAGCAUUGUAAUUUCUCCAGUGGUGUAGGGCACAGAUGAUGGACAGGAAUUGACUGAACGGAAUGGAUUUAUGGAACACUGAGCGUGAGAUUAGUUUACUGAUUGUGUUAUGUACUGAUGAUAAUGCGGCAUGUCUCAUUAAGAGCCACAUCCACUGUUUGAGCGUGGUGAGAUGUGUUCCACACUGGGCAUGCGUACUCAGCAGCAGAGUAGCAUAGCGCAAGGGCAGAUGUCUUCACUGUAUCUGGUUGUGAUCCCCAGGUUGUGUAAUAAUAAGAACAAUAAAUAGAGUAAAAUAAUAAAUGUAAUAAUAAUAAAUAGAGAAAAAUAAUAAAUAAUAUUAACACAAUAAAAUAAAUGUAAUAGUGAUAGAGUAAAAUAAUAAUAGAAUAAUAGAAUGUAAUAAUAAUAGAAUACAAUUUUAACUACAGUAUAUAUUUUGGGGAAAAUGCUGUGUGUAUAUGAAUAAUAAAAAGUGGGGAAGACUGACUGGGGAAGUGGGUGAGAAAGAAGGACUGGAAUCAAGGAAAAGUUGGAAUGGGAAGGAGUGUUUUGAAAAAGUGGGAAAGUGAGGUGGAAAAGUAAAACAGAAUGGGAUAGGAAGGGGUCAACUAGAAAAGGGGAAGACUGGGGUGGGGAAAGUGUGUAGGAAAGUGGGGGGAAGACUAAGGGAGGAAGGUGUUGUCUGUCUCAUCCAAGGAGGGACCAAGCCCUGGGUCGCCUCUUCCUCUUCCUCCUCCUCCUCUUCCCUUGAGUCCUGGCCAUGGACAUACAAAGAAGACACCCCCUGAAAAUUAGCCAUAGCGUGUCUUCUUGAAAAAGAAUACAAGACAGUGUCUUAUUUCUGGGGAAACACGGAGAGAGCAACUUUAUUUACUAGGACGCAAUGGAGCCAUGGCUUCAAACCACAAGGCAGGAGAUUCCACCUGAACAUGAGGAAGAACUUCUUGACUGUGAGAGCUGUUCAGCAGUGGAACUCUCUGCCCCUGAGUGAGGUGGAGGCUCCUUCUUUGGAGGCUUUGGAGCAGAGACUGGAUGGCCAUCUGUCGGGAGUGCUUUGAAUGCAACAUUCCUGCUUCUUGGCAGAAAAUGGUUGGGACUGGAUGUUGGCCCACGAGGUCUCUCCCAACUCAAGGAUUCUAUGAAACGAGAUUGGGACCCACUAAUAAUUCACGAGUUAUAACAAUGAGGGGAGAUUUGUUUACUGUGGGUUUUAGGAAUGAGUUUACUAUAUUUAGAAAUGGAAGAGUGAAUAUAGAACAGCAUUUGAAGUGAGUAAAUACAGGUAAAAAUCCCUGUGUGGCAAGAGUUGUGUUGAUUGGUUGUUAUAUUAGUUUUCUUAUUAUUAUGUGGGUGUGUGUUGUUCAGUCUUUCAUGUUUGAUAAGGAUUCCUUUCCAAAAAUCCCAAAAUUGUAAUUGGUAUAAACAUGCUUUUCUUUCUUGCCUUUGAAUAAAAACUAUUUUGAAAAAACAAA